AUGCGCAAGAAGCAAAAGACCCGUGGAACUCAGCGUCCAAUUGCGAGACAACAACCUUCACAGCCUAAGGGGAACCUGAAUGCAGGUGGCAAUGUUAAGAAGGCGCCUCAGAAGAAACAGUCCGUGCAGCAAAAUCAGAGGCCUAUUAUUCCUUUUUUGAGAGGGGAUCGAAUCUUGCUAAUUGGAGAGGGUGACUUCUCUUUUGCCCGAUCUCUAGCAACACAAUACAAGUGCCGCAAUAUAUGCGCUACAUGCUACGACUCACAGGAAAUGCUGUUCGGCAAAUACCCUCAGGCCGAGCAGUUUAUCCAGGAUAUUCAAGCCAAGCCAAAUGCCAAACUAAAGUCUUCAGAUUCAGAUGAAUCAGACGGAAAAGAGCAACAACCUACAGAGAUAGAAACGUCAAAUCCUCGCUCAUCCUAUCCAAAGGUGCUCUUCUCCAUUGACGCUCGCAAACUAGGCGUCCAAGGCGGCGGUGGCAAAGAAGUAAAAAUUGGCUUCCCGCGCCGAGAGCGUAAGCGCCCUGCUUGGAAGACUCAGCAACAGAGCUUACCUCCCCAGGGUGGACCAUGGGAUGUCAUUUGCUUCAAUUUUCCGCAUGUAGGUGGUCUGUCGACAGAUGUUAAUCGGCAGGUUCGCGCGAACCAAGACCUUUUGGUCAAGUUUUUCAAAGCGUGUAUUCCUUUGCUUUCAACGGCACCUGAACCGGCUGAUUCGGAUGAUGAAUGGGAGGAUGACGACGACGAAGAAAAUGAAGAUGAAGAAGAUCCACAGACAAGUGGAAAGUCUGUUCGCACUGGACCUGGCCAGAUCCUCGUUUCACUGUUUGAAGGGGAACCAUAUACACUUUGGAACAUCAAAGAUCUAGCUCGGCAUGCUGGCUUGCAGGUGGUGACCAGUUUCCGGUUUCCGUGGACUUCUUACCAAGGAUACUCGCAUGCGCGCACGCUGGGUGAGGUAGAAGGUAAAGAUGGGGGUAGGGGUGGAUGGAGAGGAGAGGAUCGUGAGGCACGUAUGUAUGUGUUUGAAGUGAAGCCCCAAGAAGACUACACCGGCAAGAAGAAGAGAGGCAGAGAAGACUCGAGUGAUAGCGAGUAG